GCGGCUGCGCGUUCCCGACGCUCCGUCCCGGGGAGCGCACCCUGCUGACCGUGGACGCGCGCGCCGCCGGGCCCGGCAAGGUCACGUGCUCCGUGCUCAGCCCCGACGGCGCCGAGGUGGACGUGGACGUGGCCGAGAACCCCGACGGCACCUUCCACGUGUCGUACACCGCGCCAGAGCCCGGCUGCUACGGCCUCACCGUCAGAUUCGGGGGGCAGCACGUCCCCAACUCGCCCUUCCGCAUCGUGGCGACAUCGGAGCCCCCGACGCCCACUGAGAGCCUCCGGCCCUUCAGCCUCGAUCUGCCCUGCGCCCCCCUCAAGGGAGACAUCACCGGUAGGGGGCGCUGUGGGUCCAUCUAUGGGGCGCUGUGGGGCAACGUGUGGGGUGAUGCGGGGCAAUGUGUGGGGUGCUAUGGGGCAACGUGUGGGGCGCUGUGGGUCCAUCUAUGGGUGCUCUGGGUCCAUCUAUGGGGCGCUGUGGGUCCAUCUAUGGGUGCUCUGGGUCCAUCUAUGGGUGCUAUGGGUCCAUCUAUGGGGCGCUAUGGGUCCAUCUAUGGGGCGCUAUGGGUCCAUCUAUGGGUGCUAUGGGUCCAUCUAUGGGUACUAUGGGUCCAUCUAUGGGGCGCUAUGGGUCCCUAUGUGGGGCGCUGUGGGUCCAUCUAUGGGUGCUAUGGGUCCAUCUAUGGGGCGCUGUGGGUCCAUCUAUGGGUGCUAUGGGUCCAUCUAUGGGUGCUAUGGGUCCAUCUAUGGGGCGCUAUGGGUCCAUCUAUGGGGCGCUGUGGGUCCAUCUAUGGGUGCUAUGGGUCCAUCUAUGGGUGCUAUGGGUCCAUCUAUGGGGCGCUAUGGGUCCAUCUAUGGGGCGCUAUGGGUCCAUCUAUGGGUGCUAUGGGUCCAUCUAUGGGUACUAUGGGUCCAUCUAUGGGGCGCUAUGGGUCCCUAU